AGCAUUAACCCAGUUUAACUGUAGUGUCACGUGACCGGAAGUGUGUAUAUUGGCGGACAAGUUUGAAAACUGUAAACAAGAGGCGACACAUUUAUGAUUUGAUAUCUUUUAUUUGGCAGUAAACAGAUCACGAUGCCCCAGAUGACCCUUGUGGACGUGUUUGACCAGUGCCAGGAUGGUAUGCAGUGUCACAACCGACUCCUCAAGUCCAUGGCGAAGAUAUAUCAAUCUAUGGAGUUUGAUGCCUUCUGGACUGAGUUUGUCCACUAUCUGAAAUACUCCAUGAUAGUGUUCAAGCGAGAGGCUGCCGUUGAGAGGACAAUUGAUUUUGUUGCCAAGUUUGUUGCCUCAACAGUUAAACAGCAACAGCAGGAUCAGCCCCAGCAGGACCAGCAACAAGAUGGGACGGGAGACAAGGGGGAUGAGGACGCAGCAGAGACGAAGGAUGAAUCUAACAAGUUCCUGCUGACCAUACUGGACUUUCUCUUACAGUCUCACAGUGCGAAGGAGAGGGGAGUAAGAUUUCGGUGUUGUCAGCUGAUCAACAAGCUGCUGAGCAACCUAGGAGACGAGGCUCAGAUCGAUGACGAACUGUAUGACAAGAUCUACACAUCCAUGUUGGAGCGACUGCGAGACAAGGUGCCUGUGGUCAGGAUGCACGCCGUGUUGGCACUGUCUAGGCUUCAGGACCCCACAGAUGAAAACUGUCCUGUCAUUAAAGCGUACCUCUUCCUGAUUGGUCGAGACCCCAACCCUGAUGUCCGGCGAGCUGUCCUGUCAUGCAUUGCCCCCUCCACAAAGACACUGAUGGCGAUCAUUGAGCGGACACGUGACGUGAAGGACACUGUGAGACGCGUGGCGUACAAUGUGAUAGCAGAGAAGAUCCACAUCAAGGCUCUGUCCAUUGCCCAGAGAAUACAGCUUCUGCAGGAUGGCCUCAGUGACAGAGCAGACAUGGUGAAGGAGGCAUGUGCUACAAAACUACUACAGGCGUGGCUGCUACAGUUCCAGGGCAGUGCACUACAGCUGCUACAGAGUCUGGACGUCGAGCAGUCGGCCGAUGUCUGUCAGCAGGUGCUCUACAAGCUGUUUGAGAAGGUCCCAGUGGAGGAGAUUGUAGACAACUUCGACCUGCUGGGCGAAGAGACUCUGAUCUCGGAUGACAAGCUGACGUGUGAGAGUGCCAUGUACUGGCGGGUGUUGUGUCAGUUCGUGCAGGAGAAGGGCGUCACAUACGAGGAACAGCUGGAUAAAGUCCUGCCAUCCUGUAUUGUACUGUGUCGAUAUGUUAGAAACAGGUUUCUGGAGAAGCUGACAGGCUGUGGUGAGGACUUUGACAGACAACUGGAGCUGGAAUACAUUGGCCAGCAGAUCUUGUGUCUCUUCAAGUACAUGGACCUAUCAGAUCAGGCUGGUCGCCGCGAACUGGAGAAGCUUGUCCACGACAUGAUGAUCUGCGACCACGUGAGUCAUGCCUUGAUGAAGCACAUCAUUUCAACCCUGCAUCUGGUGAAGACCAACACAGACACACUGGUGGCCUACCUGGCCGAGACCAUCUCCGAGAUACGAGAACCCAUCACCAUUGUGGAGAAGAGCCUGGACAAAGACGAGAGACGGCAGUUGGAUCUGAAGAUUGCCAAUAUCCGGGUACGUUUGCACCAGGCUAAAGAAGAGCUGGAGGAUUGUGUGAGAUGCCAGGAGUUUGCCCGAGCUGCAGAGCUGAAGAGCUCUGUGUCUGAGCUGGAUGCUGAGAGAUCCUCACUCCUAGAACAAGGAGAGCCUCAGUCACAGGAAAUACGCACAGAAAAGAAUGAUCCCUUCACCAUCCUGAAGUGUCUGACUGUCAUCAGCGAACUGCUGACUCAACUUCCUGUGAAGACACUGACACCCACUCUGCACAUGUUGCUGGAGAGCCAGGUGUUACCUGGAGUGCAGAACGCCGAGUCUGACGUGCGUAAUGCUGCUGUCAAGGCGCUGGGACUCUGCUGUCUACUCAAGGAGGAGGUGGUCAUACAGUACCUGCCGCUGCUCAUAGAGGUGUCCCAACACGACACAGAGACGGUGAAGACCACGUCUCUCAAAAGCCUGUUUGACUUGGUCCACAUGUUCGGACUGGGCAUCACAAGACAGGAAAGCAAGACAGCAGCGGAGGAGAGCAACUGCAGCGUCAGUUCCGACACAGUGGAGGCUGCUGCAGAUUCCCCUGAUGACACUCUGGCCGAUGCCACUACCACCAGCUCAAAGAAAUCUGAUGCUUCCGCAGACAUUGCAACCAAGCUGGUGGCCAUUCUUAGUGCUUUCCUGGAUUCCGAGAGUUCCGAGUUGAGGACAGUUGCAGCUGAGGGUAUGGCCAAGCUGCUGCUAUCUGGCAGAGUUGUAUCUUCCAAACUCCUGUCUCACCUCUUGCUGUUGUGGUACAACCCACUGACAGAGGAUGACAACCACCUCAGACACUGUCUCGGAGCCUUCCUGCCGGUGUUUGCCUUCGCUUGCAGAGCUAACCAGGAGUUGUUUGAGGAGGCGUUCAUGCCGACACUGAAGACCCUGCUGAAUGCCCCAACAUCCAGCCCUCUAAAUGAGGUGAACGUCAGCAAUGUGGGGGACUUCCUGGUCCAGCUCAUCAACACCAAACUCCUGGUGGUCAACCAGAACUCCCAGAGUCUAGUCACUGACAACCCAGGACACGACCACAUAGCUGUCCUGGUGAGUAACGAGAUCCUGUCCAACCCCGACUCCUUCAGUGUCAAGCUGUGGACACGCCUCCUGAACCAGCUGGACCUGAGCCCAGACACACAGCUCAAGGACAUGCAGGUGCUCUGUGACCAGAUGCUGGAGGUUGUGAAAGAAAAGCAAAGUGUGAAGGCCGUGGAGAAGUUUAAGGCAACUGUUGACUCCAUGCUUGCUGACAAAACCAGCAGCACCAACGCUGAUGUUGUGCCCAAGACAGAAGCAGAAGGUGGUGAUGUCACCGAGGCUGAUGCCAGCAGUGCUGUUGCUGACUCGCAAGACCCCCUUCCAUCUUCACAGACCAGCACAGUCCCUGACUCACAAGACACGGUCGCUACCAGUGUCGAUAUCACCAGUGUCGUGUCCGAUUCGCAGGGCUCAGAUGUAGCUAUAAGUGUUGUUGACUCGCUAUCAGACUCACAGAGUACUCAGGUGGAGAGUUCCAGUCAAGGGGAGGCAACUGGAACUGUUACACCUGCAUUAAACACUACAAUAGAAAACACGACUGCGUCUACCAAGAAUGUGAGAGGCAAACGAACAACAAGAGCUAAAUCAGUGAAAACACCUGCCCCAAUCCUGAUGCCCCAGGCCACCAAGACAGCCAGGUCAAUGACAGGCCGACGCACCCGAACACAAGUUCAAGCAGACAGCGAGCUAGAGAACAGUGUAUUUGGCUCUCCCACUCCACUCCGAGGCAGCAAGGCAAAUAUAAAACAGGUUGAAUCACUAGAGCACACAAGGAGAAAUCUACAGGGUCUUCUACUGGAUGGCAAAGACAGUUCCCAGUCUGUCACUGAAGAACCCAAAACUCCUCGCAGUAAACGGUAUUAAACUUUCACCCUCCAAGUCAGCUGGGUCAGCAGUACAAUUGCGCUGGUACACGGUUGCAGAAGCGACCAGCACUUACAGACGUCAAUGGAGACUGAACCUGCUUGGCAAGACUGACUUAGUGACUUAUACCAUCAAUGCUAUCACCACCAUCAGAGUAUCUUCAAGUGUAUCCGCCAACGUUGACAUGAUUGGGCUGUGAGAUUAGACACCCUCAUCCAUUCAAGAAACACCAAGUUGAUCUGAGAGAUUGCUCCUCUUCAAGCAGAUCAGCACAGCAAGUUAUGUAGGCUGUCAUCUGUCUCUUGUUCCUUUCUGUUCUAUUGUCACUUCCAAUCAUUGAUAUUGUUUGUCAUUUGUACAUACUUUGUCCUUCAAAAAUGUCAUGAACAAUAAAAUUACUUGAACUAG